UACUUCUCCCAUGAGCAGGACAAGUGUUUCUGCGAGGCAUGCCACAAGGCCCGGGGGGACAAGGACUCCUAUACGCGGGGUGAACCAAAGAAGAAGUACGCGAUGCCUGUUGGGUGGACCAGGUUUGGUCUUAGCAUACAUCCAACCUUCAGGGACAGCGAACUGAACGUGUUCGGCAACUGGCACCACGCGUACCAUGGGACGGAUCCUGAUGUGGUGAAGAAAAUCCUACAGAAUAGCGCACAACUUCUUAUGCCAGGAGAUGUAGCUUUGGGCGGACGCAAAUUAGGAGAGAGGGAAGGCCAUUUCACCCCUCACAGGAAACCUAAAGGGUUCGACACCAAACAAGUGUUCGUAACACCAAGCAUCGUGUACGCUGGACAUGAUGCCUAUGCCAGUCCUAAAAGGUUCGAAGAUAACAGUAAGGUGUACAAGGCUCGUGUCGCUUUCCAAUUGUGCAUCCGGCCGGAUAGUUACGAGGUCGGACCGGAGACGGUGGGCGCGAGGAGGGAGGGAAAAACAAUCGAUCCUCUCUUCAGCAACGACGAGCUGGAAUGGUCAACCAAGGAAAGGGGAGGCACCGCACUCUACGGUCUACUUGUCAAGUUGGAAGAGUCAGAUGACGUUGAUGAAUUGCGUGCAAGAUUGAGACACAAACACUUUGAAAACAGCGGGCGGCAUUACGAUAAAUGUUUAUGAAGGAGAUCUGACACAGGAAACGGUAGAUGUCGUGGUCAAUCCCGCAAACAAAAACCUUAAACAUGAUGGAGGUGGCGUGGCUCUGGCUAUUAGCAGGGCCGGUGGCAAGGCCAUUCAAAAGGAGUCCAACGAAUAUGUGAGGAAGCACGGUACCUUAAACAUUGGACAAGCUAUGCACACCGGGCGGGCAAGAUGCCUUGUAAAUACGUCAUUCACACAGUGGGGCCAAAAUGGACAGACCAUGGGGACAAAGAAAUCUUGAAGGCACAACUGUAUAAAGCAUUGUUUAAUGUUCUGCACUACGCGGCCAAUGAACUAAAAGCUAGGUCAAUCGCCAUUCCAGCCAUAAGUACAGGACUUUACGGGGUGCCAGUCGACAUCUGCGCCGAGCAACUCGUGCUGGCAACAUGGAAGUUCGUCCAGUCUCCACCUGCAAACAACACGCUUCGGGACAUCAGGUUCGUCAACAUUGAUGGUCAGAUAAACAGCGCCUUCGUUCGGGUCUUCAGUAGCAGCCUCCCACCAUACAGUAGUAAGGCUCAUAGGUCUGAAGACAUUAGCGACGAAGACUGCCCCAUCUGUAUGGGAAAAGUUAGACAGCCAAAAAGGCUCGGUUGUUGUAACAAUGUAUUCUGUACUGAUUGUAUUGACCAAGCGCUUCGGAUCAAACCAGUAUGCCCUACCUGUGUAUAUCCGAUUGGAGUCCUGACAGGACCCCAACCAAUAAAGGCAACAAUUGAAGUAAUGACGUCUUCACAAGACCUUCCAGGCUACGAUGGGUGCGGCUCUAUUGAGAUUCACUACGACGUACCAAGUGGCAUUCAAGAGGACUGCCACCCGAAUCCAGGGAGGCCUUACCAGGGUACAAAGAGGAUGGCCUUCCUACCCGACAACAGGGAGGGACGAGAGGUUCUUGGCUUGCUGAGAAGAGCCUUUUUAGAUAGGAUAGUUUUCACCAUAGGGACAUCGGUGACAACCGGCAAAACGGAUGUUGUCAUUUGGAACGACAUUCAUCACAAAACAAGCCGGCAGGGCGGGCCAUCUAACCAUGGAUACCCAGACCCAGGCUAUCUGAGACGGGUGACCGACGAGCUUGCUGCAAAAGGCAUCAGAUGAAGAAAUCAUCUUUAAAUGUACUACAGAUAAGGCAAAAGUUUAGCAUGACGACGACAACAACAAACAACAUGUCCCAAAGUCCCACAUGAUUGUACACAAAAAACCUGCCCGAUUUGGUAUGAGCAAAUAAAGCGUGCAAAUAAAGAAGGUUGUUGAGUCAGGAUAGUCAUUAUCAAUCAUGCCCUGCUGCCCCUGCCUUAUGUACUUCAGGCAUCGAUUUACUGUCUACACAGUUAUGUGCCUUCGUAAGGUUGCCCUCGAAAAUGUUUGGUCGAUGACCAAAGUAAACUUGUUUACAGUGUGUUUGUGAGACGUAUCAACCCCAGAGCCGAUAAAUGAAUGGUAACAAUUUACUUUAGGACUUCACUUGUGUAAAAGAGGUCAUGUAAGGAUGCGCGAGUGUAAUGCGUUUAUGGGAAAGUAUAAAGUUUUUAUUGUGUACUUAAUUUCACCCCGUGGAGGACAGUUUUUCACACAAAGACAAAGCUGUAAAUUGGAGCGGGGUGCACUCAUGGGUGGACCAAAAAUGACGAAUAAAAACGUGAUAGCAGAAGAAUUGUGCAACCUGUGUGUCUUUGCAUCAUUCAAAUGUGCGCAUUUCCGUCAUGGAGAAGUGGGUGAAAGGGUAACAUGUAGACUUGUGAUAAAUAUCGAAAUCAUGCAAUCAGUGAACUGCUAGGGUAUCAAUA